AUGGGCGACAGGGCGUGCGGCGCGGGGGCUGCGGUGCGGCGCCAGCUCACCGACCGCAGCGACGUCUACUCCUUCGGCGUCCUCCUCGUCGAGCUCGCCUCCGCGCGCCGCCCCAUCGAGACCAAGCGCGAGAUGAAGGAGCGCCUCACCGCGCGCUGGGCCAUGGCCAGGUUCAUCGGCGGCGCCGCCGCCGACGUGCUCGACCCGCACCUCGCGCGCACGCCCGCCGCGGAGCGCGCGCUCGAGAUGCUGCUGGAGCUCGCCUUCCGGUGCAUGGAGAGCUUGAGAAGCUCGGCGGCGUGGGGGGCCGGAGCUCGGCGACGUUGGAGGGCCGGAGCUCGGCGGCGUGGGAGGCCGAAGCUGGGCGGCGUGGAGGGCCGGAUCUUGGCGGUGUUGGAGGGCCGGAGCUCGGCGGCGUGGGAGGCCGAAGCUGGGCGGCAUGGAGGGCCGGAUCUCGGCGGCGUGGGGGGCUGGAGUUCGCCGGUUCGGGGCUUCGGGAUCGCCGGAUCGGGCGGUCGGGCCGUCGGGGGGAGGCCGAGGCGGCCAGGCGCCCAGGCGGAGGCGCCGAGGCGGGGGGGGGGUCGGGUCGGGAGGGGUUGGGCCGUUGGGGAUGGGGGGGAGGGAUGA